CUUCCCGAGUCGUGUACUAAAUCCGGGGAUUUGAUGAGACAGGAAAAUUUGUCCGAAAACUCAGUUGUCAAGGAGAAAAAGCUGGGCAAUUAAAGGAACCAGUCGACGUCACUUUCCUAAACGAUGAAGAGAUUCUGGUGGCAGACGUAGGAAACAAUCGAAUACAGCAGUUGAAUGUACAAACAGGAAACUUUGUGAAAAGCUUUGGAAAAAAGGGAAGAGGAGACGGGGAGUUAAAGAACCCCGGAAGUGUUUGUAUUACAAGCGAUAGACGUUUUGUUGUUGUAACAGAGUAUAAUAACAGCAGAAUUAAGGUAUUUUCCAUGGAUGGCGAAGUAGUGUUGAGGUUUGGAGACAGCGGCUCAAAGAGGCUGGAUCAUCCACUCGGCUGUGCUUGCUACGAGGACAAGUUCAUUGUUUCUGACUCAGGUAAUAACUGUGUCAAAGUGUUUGAUGGCAAAGGAAAGUUUUUGUACAAAUUCGGAGAGAAAGGAAACGGUGAUGGACGGUUGGACAAGCCUUGGGGCAUAUGUAUUGACAAAUACGGCAGUAUUCUCGUCUGUGAGAAAUUGAAUAAUCGCAUUCAAAUGUUUACAUUGGAAGGAGCUUUCAUGGGAAAGACAAGUGCUAAUCUGAACUUACAGUGGCCCUGGGCUGUUACUACAAUGCCAGAUGAUCGGAUUUUGAUAACAGACUUUAAAGAAAAUGAAGUAUACAUUCUGAAAUGAAUGCACAUUUAUGACAUUAACAUACGCCGAAUCUUAACCGCCUCCCGGUUAGC